AUGGUGUCCCCAGAGGGGUUGGUGGCCGCAGCCGCGGUGCUCAUGGGUCUGGGCCUCCUGGCCUUGUGCCUUUGGGCAGGGAGGGUGGAGCUGGAGGGAGCCUGGGGAGAGGAGGAGGAGGAGGAAGAGGAGGGGAUGCUCUUCAUCACCGCGGAUGGCUGUGGGCGCUGCCGGCUGCUCUGCAAGCCCUCGGCGCUGGCCCAGCACUUGGUGCGGAGCCUGGGGCGGUCGGUGGCGCUGCGGGGUGGCCGCUGGCCAUGGCCACACUGGCCCCGGCUCCAGAUGCUGCAGCAGCUCCUGCAGCCGCCCCAGCCGGAGCCGGCAGUGGCCAGAGAGCUCCUGCAGAUGCCGGACACUGGACUGGUGGCCCUGGACUGGUUGGUGGGGCCACGGGGGGCUGCGGGGGGGGGUGGCUCCAGCCCAGUGCUGCUGCUCAUCCCCAACGCCGCCGGGAAGGUGACGGGGGGGCUGCUGCAGCUGGGGCUGCGAGCACUGGAGAGGGGCUUCAUCCCUGUCAUCUUCAACCGCCGGGGCCACAACGGCUGCCCCCUGACCACCCCCCGGCUGCAGCCCUUCGGGGACCCCCGGGACCUGCGGGAGGCUGUCACCUACCUGCGGUGCCAGCACCCCAGAGCCCCACUGCUGGCUGUCAGCGAGGGCUCGGGCUCGGGGCUGCUGCUCGCCUACCUGGGGGAGAGCGGCUCCUCCAGCCGCCUGGCUGCCGCCGCUUGCAUCUCCCCCAUUUUCCGUGGCCGGGACUGGUUUGAGGCUGGGAUGCCCUGGCUCUACGAGUGGCCGCUGCUCCUGCACCUCAAGCAGGGACUCAGCAGGUACGCCAGGUCCCUGGCCGGGGCGGUGGACAUGGAGCAGCUGCUGCGCAGCCGCUCGCUGCGGGACCUGGAGGAGACCCUGUUCUGUGGCACCCGUCCCACCAGCUGGGAGACAUACUGGGAGCGCAACGAGCCCCUGCGCGACGCGGACGAGGCGGCCGUGCCCGUGCUGUGCCUGUGCAGCGCCGAUGACCCCGUGCGCGGCCCCGCGGCCCGCAGCCUGCCCAUGGAGCUCUUCCGCACCAGCCCCUUCUUCUUCCUGCUGCUGACCCCCCAUGGGGGACACUGCGGCUUCCCCCAGCGGGGCUCGGGGCGCUGCUGGGGCCACGAGGCUGUGCUCGAGUACUUCAGGGCCAUGGCAGAGUUCCUGCGGGCAGAGGAGCGUAGGAAGGGGCUGCCGCGGCCACACAGGGUGGGGGGUCCCAUUGCGGAGCCCCCCCUCUUUACAUGGCAACGGUCCUACACCCGGUAACCCGCUGCGGGGCAGGGGAGCCCGAGGAAGGCAGGCAGACACUCCGUGUACUAAA